AUCAGCUGUUCUUCCUGAACCGCCAUUAUUGCGUCGACUGAAACUUUCGUUGGUUUUCGAGUUUCCCUUUGACCGCACGUUUCCAUUCUCCCAUCCCAGUAUUCCCUUUCUCCCAGUAUUCUUCGUUUACAUUCACAGUGUCACAAGAGCGUUGAAUAGCCAUAACUUGUGAUUCGAAAAAGUUGCAUCUACAUAUUUCAUCAUGUCGCGAUUCAUCUUGUGUAUCUGCGUUGCUCUGCUGCAGCUUGUAUCGGGUGAGGUGGUUGAAACUGGGUUCAAGUAUGGACAAGCCGAGCUUAUCUUGAAUUGCACUCUGCCUGACGAUAGUGUAUCAUGGUUUAAAAAUGGCACGAAAUUGGAAGACAGGGAAUCAUCGCAUGAAAUGAGCAAAUUGAUAAUGACCAAAGUAAAUGGCGUUCACGAGUUGAAAAUCACCAAACCCAAAAUUGGUGAUAUUGGCAGUUAUACUUGCGAGGGCAUGGGCAAGGCUACCACAGACUUCCGUGUGGCCAUGGAGCCAAUUGUCGCAGCCAUGGCCCAAUCGUUCAACAUUGUUGAAGGAGAAAACUUCCGCUUACCAUGCCUUGUGUACGGUUAUCCCACCCCAAGCAUCGAAUGGCUCCGAGAAGCCAACGAGGGUGAAUGGGAGACCCUGCCCGCCGACGGUCAUUUCAUGUUCGAACCCAACAACGAAGAAAUCGUCAACGGCACGUUGGUGAUCAAAGAAAUUAAAAUUGAAGAUCGCGAUAACUACAUGUGCCGCGCUUCCAACGAUCUCGGCAACCACAACGGCACCACAUUGAUCCGUGUUAUUGAUAAAUAUGCCGCACUUUGGCCAUUCCUGGGCAUCUGCGUUGAGGUGAUUGUUCUGUGUGCUGUCAUCUUCGUCUGUGAAAAGCGUCGAAACAAGAAACAAUUCGAUGAGUCAGACAAUGAGCAAAACAACACGAAGCACGCUAGUAACGCAAAAGACUCUGAAGUUCGCAACCGCAAUGUUAGGCGAAGCCCUACAGAGAGAGCUUUUCUGCAGUUGGAAAAUGUUUCAGGUGAUUUAUCAGUGGCAGAUUUGAAGAAGUAUAUAUUACUGAAGGCAGGACUUGACAGCCAAUGUCAGCUGGAGCUCAUCUACUCUUGCAGGCCUCUAAAGGAUGAAACUACAUUGAAUACCUUGGAAAAUGUGGACAUUAAAAUGUUUUAUGCUACCGUUGUGAAGCCAGUUGAGAAGAUUCAAGCCAAAAAAUUGAAUGCAGUUGAACAGCAUCAAUUAUUUUUGGCAUUCAGGGCUGCAGUGACAAAUCCCAAUUUUCGGCAAACUCUCCAGAAUUGUGCUAAACCUGAAAACAUUCAGACCCUUGUGGAAACCGUGCCAGGACUGGCUGAAGAUGAAAUAGCUCUUUCUAUGCUUCAAGAUUGGGAACUGCUUUUGCACCUUGCUGAUCCCAAAAUUGUCCAAGUCCUUGUGGAAAAGCAUCCAGCCCUUGUUGAUGCUGCAAGCCGCAUGAUGACAUCUGUGUCAGAGUCUCUAGUCCCUGGUGGUAAUCAAAGGCGAAGGUCAAACAGUGCUGGCUGGCUAGCUAGAUCUCUUGGUGCAGAUUUAGAGGACGAUAUUAUGGACGAAGAUCAGCCACAGCAACCCAGUACCAGUCAACAGGCUAAUCGAUCGGCUCAAGCAGCUAUCAAUAGCCCUGGACUCACACCAGCUCAACUAGCGGCUGCUUUAAACUUUGCAAUUGCCCAAAACAGCAUUCGCCAACCCUCGCCUUCAACCAGUACAUCAUCGCAACAACCUCAGCAACCAUCUCUUUCACCAGGAGCACCUCAACAACAAUCGCCUCGACCUGAGCAAUCAAAUUCCCGCGACAUAAGCAGAAGCAGUUCCAACAAUGGCUUGACUCCUGAAAUGUUCACUUCAGCUCUUUUGCAAGCCAUGACUCAGAUGGGAGGAAGACCCAACAACAGUAAUAAUACUGCAUCAAGUGUGGCUAGUAGUGACACAAGUAAUACCGUUACUGAAUCUCGUCGUGGCAACGAUGAUGCCCGUCUGCGGGAGCAGUUUGAUCGUUUCCUGCCUCAGAUGCGUGAGUACGGAAUCACUGACGACAGCCUCAGUUUGAGAGCUUUGCAAGCUACCAAUGGUGACGUCGAAGCAGCGCUGAAUCUUAUUUAUGCCGGACUCGUUGACGAUUAAAUAAGACACUUUUUUUGAUACAAUAUUAUUUCAAGAGAAAUUUGGAAAGUGACUGUAUAAUCCGGUAUUUUCAAUACAGUUUUUUUCUUUUUGUGGAAUA